UAAGAGGCGACAUAGGGGAGCCGGGUGAAGCCACUGUCAACUGUGUACAAGGGAGGGAGCGCUUCUUUUGUCCAGGACGUGUGUUGUGUUGUUGUCUUCACCAGCACAGCCAGCCACCAUGCCCACUGACGCCCAGAGCGAUGCCCGCUCCUUCCUGACAGAGGAGAUGAUUUCGGAGUUCAAAGCCGCCUUCGACAUGUUCGACACGGACGGCGGCGGUGACAUCAGCACCAAGGAGUUGGGCACCGUGAUGAGGAUGCUGGGCCAGAACCCGUCAAGGGAGGAGCUGGACGCCAUCAUUGAGGAAGUGGAUGAGGACGGCAGUGGUACCAUUGACUUUGAGGAGUUCCUGGUGAUGAUGGUGCAGCAGUUGAAGGAGGACCAGGCUGGAAAGACUGAAGAGGAGCUCUCUGAGUGCUUCCGUAUCUUUGACAAGAACGGGGACGGUUUCGUUGACCGGGAGGAGUUCGGAUACAUCCUGCAACUCACCGGAGAGCCGGUCACGGAGGAAGAUAUCGACGAGAUGUUUGGAGAGUCGGACACAAACAAAGAUGGAAAGAUUGAUUUUGACGAGUUUCUGAAGAUGAUGGAGAACGUGCAGUAACGAGAGCAGCUCUACAUUCCCUCUGACUGCCUCGUCCUUAACAUAACAGCGUCGAGUCCAAAACUCCCAAAACACUGGAAAUCUAAUAGAAUGAUGUGGUUUCUGAGAUGGACACACGUGGACACAUGCAUUUACCCCCCCGCCCCACCCCUCUUCCCGUCUCAUAUGAAGAAGAAGUCCCAGGACUUGGUGACGAUAUCUAUAAAUAUCCGCUCAAACCAUUUAAGACGAGGGCACUUUCUCCCCUCGCUCGCCCCCGGCGUCUUGCGUGGCCCACACCCAGCUGUCCUCGGGGCAGCUGCUGCCGCUUCUUCAGAAAUGCUACACCCCACAAACUCCCAUAAUCCCCCCCUGCUGCUCAGACCUGCACCCUUUCCUCCACCCUCUGAUGUGCUUUCUAAAUAAAUCAACUCUCUCCUUCUGCUAA